UUUAUUUCUUCUCCUUUUACACUGCAAACAAAGAUAAAAGCUGAAUGGUCUUGCAAUAGGCAGGGCAGUGUCUCCCUGCUCACUUCCCCUAUCUAUGCUGCGCUCGUAGCCGCUCCGUGGACUUGUUUGAAGUAGUUAAAGAGCUUUGGAAGCCGUGGGCAUAGAAAUCUCUGCAGGCAAAUUACUCCAGAACAUAUUGCUGGACAAUCCUACAAGGAACAGUUACAUUCACGGCAUCUGGAUUCCUGACCCUUUGCCGACAUGGCAGGUGUGAGUGGCUGUAUAAAAUAUUCGAUGUUUAUCUUCAACUUCUUGUUCUGGCUUUGUGGCAUCUUGAUUCUGGGAGCAGCAAUUUGGGUACGAGUAAACAAGGAUGGUCAAGAGAUUCUCAACUCUGGGGAUUCUGUCACUAGCUCCUAUGUUUCUGUGAACAUCUUGAUUGCUGUGGGGUCUGUCAUCAUGAUUCUGGGGUUCCUGGGAUGCUGUGGUGCCAUGAGAGAGAGCCGCUGCAUGCUUCUUUUGUUUUUCAUAGGCUUGCUUUUGAUCCUGCUCCUGCAGGUGGCAGCAGGUGUCCUAGGAGCUACUUUCAAAUCUGAGUCGGAGCGUCUUCUGAAUGAGACUCUCUAUGAAAAUAUAAAGCUUUUAAGUGGAGCAGAUAAGGAAGCAGAAGCAUUCCAGAAAGCCCUGAUUAAAUUUCAAAAAGAGUUUAAAUGCUGUGGUUUGGUCAAUGGAGCUGCUGACUGGGGAAAUAAUUUUCAAGAGAAUUAUAAAUCAUGUGAAUGUUCAAGUUCAUCAGAUGCUUGUGUGAUGUAUGAAGGCAAACAGGUUUACGAACAGUCAUGCAUUUCUUUCAUAAGAGAAGUGGUUGCAAAACAUUUUCUCAUAGUUAUUGGAGUAGCAUUUGGACUGGUGGUCAUUGAGGUGAUUCUGUGCUUAAAACAUUCAUCUAGAGCCACCCGGUGGAUUAAUCCUCAUUGCCAAGAGACAGAGAGGGCCAUCGAGUUAGUUCAAGCAGUUCAAAUGGGCUUUUCAGAAGCGACACUCUCCUUUGUGUGGUUUAUCAACCACUGGCGGAAAGUGAACAAAUCUUAAGACUCCACCUGUGUAAGCACUUUUCAGAUCAAGAUAGAGAACAUUUUCAGCACACACCGGACUGCCCCUUCAUUCUGAUACGCUGGCUCACAGCAGCUCCCCGGGGCAGACUGUGUCUACGACAUGUGCUCAGUGACAGCACAUGGGUAGCUUGAAAUCCACCCUGGUGGGAAGAUCGAUACCAUGGAAAUUGGCAAAUGCUGUAAAACCAGGAAUUUUUUUUUUCUUUUUUUUGAGAGUUGGUUGGUGGUCACUUACCAGUAUAUUUGCUCCUGGCGAAUACCUCCCCAAAGGAAACCACUGUUCUGAUUUCUAUGGCCAUAGAUUCAUUUUGCAUCUUCUUGGACUUACUAUAAAUGGAAUAGUAAAGUAUGUAUUCUGGCUUCUUUUGCUCCAUGUGUUGUUUGUGAGAUUCGCCUAUAUUAUUGUAUCAACUCUAGUUUAUUCUUAUUGCUCUGUAAUAUUCCAUCGUAUAUGAAUAUAUUACAAUGUAUUUACCCAUUCUCUUCUUGAUGGGUGUUGGGUUUGCUUCCAGUUUGGUGCUAGUAUGAAUAAAGUUGCUGUAAACAUUC